AUAAGCCAUUCCAGCAGAAGAGAUCAGACUCUUCAGGACUCUGUGCUAUGUGUCUGUUCAUACUUUACUAAUAUUCAAAGAUGGAGACCUCUGAUCUGGACACAGAAAAUGGGAGCCAACCUUCAAAAAAGGGGUAACCAACUAUGUCCUUUUAUUUUAAUCAUUAACCAUUCAUGUAUAAUAUUAAAGACACACUCUGGCAUAAAAAAAAACUGUAUACACCUGUAAACAUGUCCACUCACUUCUUACGGCGAUGACGCAGUGGGCUCUGUAGAGAGAUUUUCCAGUUUGAAUUUUGGAGAAACUUCCUCUUGUUUGAGGUGGUUAUGGUGGAUAUUUUUCUGGGAGGGGAAUGGGGGAGAAGGGGUGCAUGGGGGCAGUGCUCAUAAGAUAAUGGUAUGUUCAGGGAACCAAAAUACACACACACAAAAAAAAAGUUUGUUGAAUUUGUUAAUUCAAAUGUGUAUUUUUGUUCCACUUGAAUGAACUGAGUUGCAUUAAUAAAAUUUGCUUUUGUACAGCCAACAUAAUUUGAUCAUGUAUAUUCAAAGCUCUAGAAUGAAAUCCAACUUGGCACAGUCACCCAAGCUCAGUAUUAAAACCAGGACUCAACCCAUUAUCAAACCCAGGCAUUGUGUGUUGGUCCAGCACAUAUUGAAUUUCACUUUUACUGUUAGAAGGUCUCUCCUCCCAAUUUUUUAAAUGACAUCUGGGAUGCUGCGAGGGGAGGAAACCCUGUGGAUGCUUUUUCGGGAUCCUGACUCAGGAGAUGACAUGGAAGAGUCACUGCCUCCACUUUGUUUUUGCCACCGGAUUCACCUACCUGAGGGAAAGAAGAGAUGGACAAGGGGGAAAGGGAGGGGAGGGAAAGCACUGGUUCAAGAGUCUGGUUUUGGGGGAAAUGGCCCUUGUUUCCAUGGUGCAGGGACGGGGGGGGAUGGGGAGAAAGAAGCCGCUGCUGGAGAACCCUCCGGCUGGACCAGGCUCCAAUGCAAAAGCUGGUCCUCCAACUGGGCACCAACUGUCCUCCAACCGGUCCUCCUUAGGAAACAGGAGACAGGCUUGGAACAUCUCAAAACAGGGCUCUUUACUGGCUGUGACUAUUUUACUCACUUUUCAGCAGUGAUAUUUUAACCAAGCAGUGCAUGCACACACACACACACACACACACACACACACACACACACACACACACACACACACACACACAGCUCUGCUCUCUCUCUCUAUCUCUCCUUACCACUCACCUUCUCUGGCUCCGCCCUGAACUGGUACUCGACCAUGCCCCCACUUCCACACAAAGAAACCAAUUAUGUUUUGGAUCAUUGUGCUGCUGGAAGGUCUAUCCAUAUCUCGUCCUCAUCAACCUGGUGGAUGGGAACAGAUUCUUCUAAAGAAUUUCCUGGUAAAUGGCUCAUCUUCUCUUCAAUAAUUUGUAUUUUGCCGGUACCUUGAGAAAAGAAACAGCCCCAUACCAUGAUGCUUCCACCUGCAAACUUCACUCAAGUAAAAUCCAGAUAAAGGGAUCAGACUCCCCAACACGCAGCUGUGUCUCCAUGAAGAGUGAUGCAUCUUUAGAUCCUCCUCCAAAAUUUAAAGAUGGAGACUCCUCCUCUGUAGACAGUAAAAUCCAGAUAAAGGGGUCAGAUUCCCCAACACCCAGCUGUGUCUCCAUGAAGAGUGAUGCAUCUUUAGAUCCUCCUCCAAAAUUUAAAGAUGGAGACUCCUCCUCUGUAGACAGUAAAAUCCAGAUAAAGGGAUCAGACUCCCCAACACCCAGCUGUGUCUCCAUGAAGAGUGAUGCAUCUUUAAAUCCUCCUCCAAAAUUUAAAGAUGGAGACUCCUCCUCUGUACACAGUGUUCAGCAGAAGUCAGAAGACAGAACUCCAAAGAACAUCAUCACAGAUACAGGGCACGACCCAGAAACUGCUUUAAAUGAAUUCCAGAAGAACUUCAAGUUAAAUCUGAUUACGAAGUUCCGGUGUUUGAAUGGAGUGAUAAUAAACCAGGGACACCGAACACUCCUGAAUGAGAUCUACACAGAGCUCUAUGUCACAGAGGGAGACAGUGGAGACAUCAAUUAUGAGCAUGAGGUGAGGCAGAUCGAGGCAGCAUCCCGAAGAACAACAACAGAGGACACACCAAUCAAAUGCAAUGACAUCUUUAAGAUUUUAUCUGAAGAAGACAAACCCAUCAGAACUGUGCUGACAAAGGGAAUUGCUGGCAUCGGAAAAACAGUCUCUGUGCAAAAGUUCAUUCUGGACUGGGCUGAAGGGAAAGCAAAUCAGGACGUCUACCUCAUAUUUGCACUUCCUUUCAGAGAGCUGAAUUUGAUUCCGGACCAAAAACUGAGUCUGAUGGAGCUCCUUCAUGUCUGUUUUAAGGAGGUAAAAGAAACAGACAUUUCCAGCUUGGAAAAGGUCCUAUUUAUUUUUGAUGGUUUGGAUGAGUGCCGUUUCUCUCUAGAUUUCCAGAAUACAGUGAGGUUGUAUGAUGUAACUGAAUCAGCAUCAGUGCAUGUGCUGCUGAUAAACCUGAUCAAAGGGAAUCUGCUUCCAUCUGCUCUCAUCUGGAUCACCUCCCGACCAGCAGCAGCUGAUCAAAUCCCCUCUGAGUGGUUUUGUCGAGUCACAGAGGUACGAGGGUUCAAUGACCCACAGAAGGAGGAGUACUUCAGGAGGAGGAUCAUUGAUCAGAACCUGGCCAAUAACAUCAUCACACACCUGAAGUCAUUACGAAGCCUCUACAUCAUGUGCCACAUCCCAGUCUUCUGCUGGAUUUCAGCCACUGUUCUAGAGAGAAUGUUGGGUGAAGCAGAGAGUGGAGAGAGCCCCAAGACUCUGACUCAAAUGUACACACACUUCCUCAUCAUUCAGAUAAACAUUAUAAGAGAAAAGUACUCAAAGAAGCAGGAGAGUGAUGAAGACAUGCUUUUCAAACUUGGACAACUGGCUUUUCAGCAGCUGAUGAAAGGCAACCUGAUUUUCUAUGAGGAAGACCUGAGAGAGUGUGGUAUUGAUGUGAGAGAAGCAGCAGUGUACUCAGGUGUGUGUACACAAAUCUUCAGAGAGGAGUUUGGGCUUCAUCAGAGUAAAGUGUACUGCUUUGUUCAUCUGAGCGUUCAGGAGCAUCUUGCAGCUCUGUAUGUGCACCUGACAUUCAUGAUGGAAAAGAGAAAUGUUCUAGAUCAGAGUCAGCCUUCAAAACUGGAAAUGAAAGAAAUUACAAUCUCGGAUGUCCAUAAGAGUGCGGUACAUAAAGCUUUACAAAGUCAGACUGGACAUCUGGACCUUUUCCUUCGAUUUCUUCUGGGUCUCUCACUGGAGUCCAACCAGAAUCUCUUACAUCACUUAGUAACACAGACAGGAAGUAGCUCCCACAGCAAAGAGAAAACAGUUCAGUUCAUUAAGAAUGAGAUCAGUAGAGAUCCUCCUACAGAAAAAUCCAUCAAUCUCUUCUACUGUCUGAAUGAACUGGGUGACAAUUCUCUAGUGGAGGAAAUCGAACACUACCUGAAAUCUGGAAAACAACGUGAACUCUCUUCUUCACAGUGGUCUGCUCUGGUGUUUGUGCUACUGACAUCAGCACAGGAGCUGGAAGAAUUUGACCUGAGCAAAUAUACCAGUACAGACAGCAUAUCAGAUUGGGUUCUUGUGAAGGUGAUGCCUGUGGUUGCAGAAUCCAGAAAAGCAAUUAUCAGUUGUGGUACAAUUAAAGGGAGAAGUUGGACGGCUCUGGCUUCAGUGCUCAGAUCAGAAACCUCCAAACUUAGAGAACUGAAUCUGACUGUGAAUACACUGGAUCUGACUGGGAAUAAUCUAGGAGACUCAGGAGUGAAGUGUCUUUCUGCUGUACUGGAGGAUCCUCACUGUAAAGUGGGGACUCUGAGGUUGCAGCAUUGUGGUGUCUCAGAUAAAGGCUGUGCUUUUCUAGCUUCAGCUCUGAGAUCAAACCCCUCACACCUGAGAGAUCUGGAACUAUCUAAUAAUAAUAAUGUAGGAGACUCAGGAGUGAAAUGUCUCUCAGUUGUACUGGAGAAUCCUCACUGUAAAGUGGAGACACUGAGGUUGUGCGAUUGUGGUGUCUCAGAUGAAGGCUGUGCAGCUCUGACUUCAGCUCUGAGCUCAAACCCCUCACACCUGAAAAAACUGAAUUUGUCUAGGAAUCAGCUAGGAGACUCAGGAGUGAAGUGUCUCUCUGCUGUACUGGAAAAUCCUAACUGUAAAGUGGAGACACUGAGGUUGCAGCGUUGUGGUGUCUCAGGUGAAGGGUGUGCUGCUCUGACUUCAGCUCUGGGAUCAAACCCCUCUCACCUGAGGGACCUACAUCUGUCUGAGAAUAAAUUAGGAGACUCAGGAGUGAAGUAUCUCGCUGCUGUACUGGAGAAUCCUCACUGUAAAUUGGAGACACUGAGGUUGUUUAAUUGUGGUGUCACAGAUGAAGGCUGUACUGCUCUGGCUUCAGCUCUGGGAUCAAACCCCUCACGCCUGAGAGAACUGCAUCUGUCUGAAAAUAAUCUAGGAGACUCAGGAGUGAGGUGUCUCUCUGCUGUACUGGAGAAUCCUCACUGUAAACUGGAGACACUGAGGUUGUGUGGCUGUGGUGUCUCAGAUGAAGGUUGUGCUGUUCUGGUUUCUGCUCUGAGAUCAAACCCCUCACACCUGAGAGAACUGGAGCUGAAGGGGAAUAAAAUUGGAGAUUCAGGAAAGAAGAUGCUCUCUGCUCUUCAGGAUGAUGAAAAUUACAAUCUGCAGGAACUGAAUUGGUGAUGAGCAGCUGUGUGUGUGUCUCAUGAAGACUCCAGUGUUCCUGCAUUUCCGCGUUGGAGAAUAGAGAACAUGUUUACAGACACAUCAGUCAAUUAGUUCUCAGUGUAUAUUUAAUGUGUUGGAAGUGAGACAUGUGUGUUCAUCAUGCAGUGAAUCAGACGGUACACAAUUCUACAUUUAGACUGAACAGGAUCCAGACAUUACGUCUGAAAUCAGAACAGCUGGAAUGGAGACUCUGGGUUGAUUAUAACACCUGAACUUACUGAGUGUCACAAUCAGACCGUGGAAACACAGUGAUCCUCCUGCUCACUGAACACCUCGUUCAGUCUGAAUGUUCAUCUGAUAUCCAUUUUGUACUUUGAAGAGACUGAGGCAGAGUUUUCAUUAGCUGGUAAAUACCAAGCAGAUCAGGUGGUAAGUUUCAAAUGAACACACCUUUAGCGAUGUUACGCAGAGUAUCAUGUCAGAAUGUGUCAUUUCUUUUUUUUAAAUCUGUAAUAUUACAACUAUGAGAGAACCUGUUCAUGAUUUGCAUUAUAUUUGUUGAUUAAUAAGGAAUGUAUAAAUUUGGUGCAUUAUUAAACAUGAGAUUUACCAAAAUGAAGAGGUCAUCAAACCCAGA